UAUCGAUAGUUCGGCAACACUAACUUACCCUUUCGUUUUCAUAGCAAGUGUAACAAACCGUUGGGUGCUGGCAUCAUUCUAAUCUGAAACCGAACGAAAAUUCCGGGUGCGAGCGGUGACCGACCUGAAAUAUAGGCGAGCGCUAGGUCUACAAUGACGGCAUUAGGUUUUUUCCGUUCAGUCUCGGGGAAACUUUCCAAUCAUAAGCUCUAAACGUGAGAGCAUUUUUAGGAUUCCGAAUUCGGAUUCCUGAAUAGGAAAUGUGUGCGGCUGUGAUUACGGUACCUACCUACGGAUGAGUUCACUAAUUAGUAUUGCCAACCCACGAAAACUAAAAAGUUUGAAACGUCAAUAUCUUAUAACGUCAAGUUAACCGUCUGUCUGUCUAAUGUCUACUGUCAAAGCAAAGCUGCCAUACCAUAACAACAAAAAUGUUAAGUGCAUUUUAUUGUGCAGGCAUUGAUUAAGUUUGUUCGAUUAUUUUAUGACGGCUUUCUGUAGUUUGCAGACGUUUAAAAAUGAAUUGUAGUAUAGAAGAAAGUACUACUGAGAAACUGCCUUAUUUAUUGGAAGAAAUUCUAAAAAGAAUACUUUGUCAUACUCAAUCAGCUGAACCAAGACAAAAGGAUAUACUAUUUAUUUUAAUUCUUGUAUUAAUGAUAGAAAAUGGUUUUUUACCCAUCAAUGAAGAAUCCCAACUUAUUGAACCUUUAUCUAUAGACCUGGAACAUUUAUCAAAAUGGAAGGAUCCCUCAGGAAUUGUUCAAGUUAAAUUUGUCAUGUUCGGAUUCCAGACUGGUCAAAUAAAAUUAAUAAUGAGCCCUCUAGGAUCUACAGUGCUUAUUAAUGUAGUAAUUAAUGCAAUGAAUUCAGAAACAUAUUCAGUGUGUCUACCAGUAAGUCGCUAUGUUGUUUCUCCUCAAGCAUCUACUAUUCCAAUGAUAUUUCGAGACUUAAGACAUCUUGCAAACACUUUUAAAAAUAAAAUAACAACACCUGUUAAGAGUUGCAUCUUGACUUAUCAUGGAUACUUAAGUGCAAGUCUAAUAGGCCUUCCUGAAGAAGUAUUUUUUAAAAUUCUUCUGCAUUUGUCCAUUUUUGAUAUAAUUAAUGUCAGCAAAACUUGUAGUAGAUUAAAUUAUCUAAUAUCCAAUGAGAGAUUAUGGCAUGAUCUAUACAAAAGAGAUUUUGACUCAACUAAUUCUGUGGCAGAAAGUUGGAAAUCUAAAUAUAAGGAGGCAUUUAUAGCACAACAAGAAGAGACAUUAAGACAAACAAGACGUGGGGCUGGAGCUAUGCAUGACUAUAUGGACUACUCAGAUUAUAUUUCCUAUAUAGAUAACCCAAUGUGGAAUAUCAUAUGAAGAAAUAUUUCUUUAAAUGGCAACAGGAAAAUCUAUACAUUUGUAACAAAGAUUUUAAUCACUAUAUUAUUAUAGAAAUAAACCAUAAUAUUUGUUGGUAUCUACUUUGUCUUUUAUUGUACAAUAUUUAUCAUUCAAGUACAUAUAUUAAGUAAAUAUUUCAUGUAGGUGACUGUGCUGAAAAAACAAAUCUGGGCAUCGGAAAAGGAGGGCGACAUUUAUCAAUUCCAUUUGAUUCUACAACAGCUAACGGGGAUCUAA